UUCCUGUUUGGAAACCUGAAACUCUCGCGAGAACUUCUCGGCUUCCUCUUCGCACGGAAUCUUCCUCCAAGAUGUCUUUGGUCAUCCCUGAGAAGUUCCAGCACAUUCUUCGUGUUCUGAACACGAAUAUCGAUGGCAGGCGGAAGAUUGCCUUUGCCAUAACUGCCAUCAAGGGUGUCGGCAGACGCUACGCUCAUGUGGUCCUGAGGAAAGCUGACAUCGACCUCAGCAAGAGGGCGGGAGAGCUGUCUGAGGAGGAGGUGGAGCGUGUCGUGACCAUCAUGCAGAAUCCUCGCCAGUACAAAAUCCCCGACUGGUUCCUCAACAGGCAGAAAGACGUGAAGGACGGCAAAUACAGCCAGGUCCUUGCCAACGGUCUGGACAACAAGCUGAGAGAAGAUCUGGAGAGGCUGAAGAAGAUCAGGGCUCACCGCGGGCUCAGACACUUCUGGGGUCUCCGUGUGCGCGGUCAGCACACAAAGACCACCGGCCGUCGUGGUCGCACUGUCGGUGUGUCCAAGAAGAAGUAAAGUCCUGUGCUUUCUGUAGUUUCAAUAAAAUUCCACAAAUUCUU